AUGAUAUCACUGGUCAUCUUCAGAUUGAUCGAUACGUACUCUGCUGCUGCACAGGAACCGUCCGUGCAACUCACGCAGGCUUCUCCCGCAGAUCACCCGAGCAUUGAGCAAGCGCACGAUGUUGCAGACUUCGCAUCAAACUUGUUCAACGAAAGCAUGGCACGAUGCGCAGAUGACGAGUCUGGCAAGACUGCAAGGACUGUGCUCAAUCACCUGUACCGAGUCCAGCGAUUAGUAAAUCUGCUCUCGAAUCGCUUCGAGGGCAUGAAGCUGCGAAAGCACAUGCACCGCUCGAGCGCCGGCAGUAUCAGCUCCGAUGUAUUUGGAGAUGUGUUAGGUUCGGGUCCAAACCGAGCACAGUCAAUCUCUUCAGGGGCAUUUGACACGCUUGAGACGGAUGUCAGGAAACGGCUGAGGAAUGUCUGGUUCGAGAUCAUCGACCUCGUCCGCAGGGCAUGA